GCGGGCGGCGGCUCAGAAAGAAGAAGAGGAGGAAGAAGGAGCAGCGGAGGAGGGUGGGAGCGAGUUUUUUUCCCUCCCCCUCCACGCGAGUUUUCAGCCAUGAAUCCCAAUUGUGCGCGCUGCGGGAAGAUCGUGUAUCCCACGGAGAAGGUGAACUGCUUGGAUAAGUUCUGGCACAAAGCAUGUUUCCACUGCGAGACCUGCAAGAUGACCCUAAACAUGAAGAACUACAAGGGCUACGAGAAGAAGCCGUAUUGCAACGCACACUACCCGAAGCAAUCCUUCACCAUGGUGGCAGACACCCCCGAGAACCUGCGCCUAAAGCAGCAGAGUGAGCUCCAGAGCCAGAUUCGCUACAAGGAGGAGUUUGAGAAGAACAAGGGCAAAGGCUUCAGCGUGGUGGCCGACACCCCGGAGCUGCAGAGGAUCAAAAAGACUCAGGAUCAGAUCAGCAACAUCAAAUACCACGAGGAGUUUGAGCGGAGCAGGAUGGGCCCCAGCCCCAGCGAGGGCUCGGAGCCGGAGCGCAGGAAUUCCCAGGAGAGCUCCGGUUACCGGAGACCCGCCGAGCAGCAGCACCAGCCGUCCCACCACGUCCAGCCCACCAACCCAGUGUACCAGCAGCAGCCGCCGUCCCAAUCCUAUGGAUACAAGGAGCCGGCGGCUCCGGCCUCGACACAGCGCAGUGCCCCGUCUGCAGGGGGGAAGCGUUUCCGCGCCGUCUACGACUACAACGCGGCGGACGAGGACGAGGUUUCCUUCCAGGACGGCGACACCAUCAUCAACGUGCAGCAGAUCGACGACGGGUGGAUGUACGGCACCGUGGAGCGCACGGGGGACACGGGCAUGCUGCCCGCCAACUACGUGGAGGCCAUCUGAGCCCUGGGGGGGGAGGAAAGGGGGUCCAGCCCAGCCCCCAGCCCGGGGCUGUCCCCCCCCGGUGUGUGUGUGUGAGCCCCUCUGCCCCAGCGCCCCUGCUCCGUGUGCUCCGGUGCCUCCGGACGGCCCGGCUCCCGUGUCCGUGUGUCCGCAGCCGCCUCCGGGUUCUCCCGCCCCUUCAGCUCCUCCCGUGGGGAUGGAGGGACUGUGUGCAGGGGGGGCACGAGGGGCUGCAGCUCCCCUGCUCUCUGGGGCUCCCUCCUCUCCAGCCCCCCCGGGCGCUCCGGCCUUUCCCGGCCGGGGGGAGCAGCCGGAGUUGCUGCGAUCCCAAAAAAGAGAGGGAGAGACCAUGUUAGGACCAAAUUCCCCCCACCCUGGCAGGGCUGGGCAGAGCUGCCCCUGCGGGUGAGCUGAGGGAUGCUCAUCCCCGGGGUGCCCCAGGGUGCCCUGGGCUGCAGGGAUGGGCUGGAAGCCUCCUCCUGCCCCGGCUCUGGCCCAUCCCACUGCUCCUCCCGGCCCCUCUGCGCAGUUCCCGUUCAAUCUUUGCUCCCUUCAGUCCUCAAAACAGGAAAACAUUCGCAGUUAGAAUCUCAAACAAAGCCUUUGUCCUCGGGAUCCCCAGAGGCUGCUCUGGGCAGCCCUGGGGGUGGCUCUGGGUGCUCCUGCCUUGGGCUCCAGCUGACCCAUUCCACCUCCUUGAUUUCCCCUGAGUGAAGGAGCAGCUUUGGGGUUGCUCCAGCUCCAGGGUUGGAGUUGGGCUGAGCCCCCCUGCAGCUCCAGCUCCCCCUGACUGGGGUCUGGGUGUCCCCUGGAAGCCUCUUCCUCGCAGCACUGGCUGCUCCCCAAAUUCACCCCGAGCCUUCCUGCUUUUCUCUUGCUGCUGCCGCCGGGUUUUUGGGACCCUCCUGAGCCCCCCACCUGCUGGGAGGACGGUGUGGGGAGCCAGCAGGAUCAGCCCCUAUCCCUGUGCCUCCUCUGAGCCGGGUGUGAGGGAUCCUCCCCCUCUGGCACCACGCUGGGACAGACCUGGGUGAGUGUCCCCCUCCAGCACCCUGCUCUGGAGUGACUGGGCACCCUGAGCCACCCAGCCAUGGUGGCAGCUUUUGGGACCACCCCUGACUUGGAAUCAUGUCAUGGACCAAAAUCUCCGGGCACAUCCCUGUCCCCUUCUCCUCUGGGCUCCCAAGGUGCCGGAGCAGGUCAGGGUCGGGAUAACUGGAAGCCUGUGUGAGGAGGGAGGAGUGGGACACUCCUCUCCUGGGGCACAGGAGCAGGACGAGGGGACAGUGGUGUCCCCUUGCUGGGCUGCACCAGGACCCUUCCAGGGGGACAGCGCUGCCUUUGCUAUUCCCAAAGGAAAAGAGGGAAUACAGGGACCAAAGCAGUUGAGACAUUCCCUGGCCCUGUUUGGGGCCGUGUCCCUGCCUCCUGCCUGCAGUCCCCUCCCUCAGAGCACAGGGGCUGCAGGGCUGGGAUUGGGAUGGUUGGGAUGACUGGGAUUGGGGGCUGCAGGGCUGGAGCGUGGAUGGUGCUGGGAUUGGGAUGGUUGGGAUGACUGGGAUCAGCAAGGAGGGGGUCCCUGGCAGGGUGGAGGCCCCCUGGGAGGGCCUGAGCCAGGGAAAGGGACUCGUGGCUCCUUCCCCAGCUGGCUGCGAUGGGAUGUGGGUGUGCCAGGGAUUUUUGGGCCCCCGGGAGGGGCUGUCCGGGAUUUUGGUGCUAAAACAAGUGAGCACAAGAGCAGGGAGGGGGUGGCUGGGCAGGGGGGACCCACAUCCCCCUGCCAAUCCUCUUCUUAAUCACGUUCUUGUCUGGGAAUGGGGGGGGGGGGAGUAUCAAUGUGAAUAAACCGUUUUUUAAUGGACCAAAUAACACAGGCAAUUCCGUUUUGGGAUACAGACCUUUUUUUAAUGCUACCUUGAGACCAUUGUCCCUAAUCCUCCCCCCUGCCCUUCCCUGGCCCCUUCUCUCCCCCCCCCGCCGUGGGAAAACAAACCUCUUACUGCUUCAUUUCUGCCUUUUUCUCUCAACUUAUGCACUUUUUUGCCUUUUUUUCAUAGCCGAAAAGCACCUAAACCUGUAUUUAAAAAAAAAAAUAAAAAUAAAUGAAUAAAUAAAAUAGUAAAAAAAAAAAAAAAAAAAAAAGGAAAGAAAGAAAAGAAAGGAAAAAAAAAAAUGAGAAAAGCUGAGUUGCUUCUCAUCACGUGUAAAAUAGCCCCUCGUCCAUCCCCAGCUUCCCCGGUUGCGUCUCAGUGCUGAGCUUAGAACGUGUUUUCUUCGGGAUCCGUCGCUUGAUUGGGGUUUGUCCUCGUGUCCUCCUUCCCCGUGGGCUUGAGCACCCACCAGUAAAACGUGUGAUUUGGCCUUUUUUUUUUUCUGUCCCAAACCAUCGAGUGGAACAAUCCAACCCCGUCCUCUUCCCGGUUUACUCGGAUGAAAAAAAAAAUAAAAGUAUAAUUUUUA